AUGGUUCUCAACUUUGGCAUCAUCGGCACCAACUGGAUCACCGAGUCCUUCAUUCAAUGCGCCCAGGCAUCUGAACAAUGGAAGCUGGCAGCAGUCUACUCUCGCAGUGAGGAAAGUGCUCGCACCUUUGCCAACAAGUUCUCCGUCAAGACCGUCUACACAUCCAUCGAGUCGCUUGUCCAAGACUCAAACCUCGACGCCGUCUACGUCGCCUCGCCCAACUCCCUCCACUACUCGCAAGCAAAGACAAUCCUCCAGGCAAAGAAGCAUGUCAUCCUCGAGAAGCCCGCCACCUCGACCCACGCCGAACUCGAGGAUCUCUUCAAGAUCGCCAAAGAGAACAACGUCUUCUUGAUUGAAGCCUACCGCCACAUUCAAGAAGUCAACUACAAGCUCCUCCGCCGUGUUCUGUUCGACGAGAAGAAGCUGGGAACCAUCUUUGGUGCCAGUCUCAACUUCUCCAUGUACAGUUCCCGUUACAACAAUGUUCUCGCUGGCGAGACUCCCAACAUUUUCAGCCUUGAAAUGUCAGGUGGCUCUCUUGUUGACAUGGGUGUUUACCCCGUCAUGUUCGCUAUCGCUCUAUUCGGCAAGCCCAAGUCGCAAACAUACGCUCCCGUCAUCUGCCACACUGGUGCCGACGCCGGUGGCUUCAUUAUCCUACAGUACGAGAAGUUUGGUGUCCAGAUCCAACAGAGCAAGUGCUUUACCUCGUUCGCUCCUACUGAGAUUUACGGUGAGAACGGCACCAUUAGCUUGAACUCCGUCACCGACAUCGCCAGCGUCAAGCUUUGGGAUCGCAAGACUAAGCAGACUGAAGAACUGGCAGAAAAGAAGAUGGACCUCAACUUGCAAGAAGAGGCAACAGAGUUCGCUCGUAUCAUCAACAACAAGGACACAGAUGCCGCUGCUAAGCUCGAGCAAUUGAGCUACGACAUUGUUUCCGUCACCUCUGAUCUGAGAAGACAAAACGGUAUCUUGUACCCCGCCGACAAGGCAUAG